CCAUUACCAGUGCAGCCGUGUCACCAGCUGCCUCGCAUCCUGCACUCUCUGGUUGCUUUGCACUCAGCUGGGAAGGCAGCAGUUAGAAUGGAAGCAGUAGAAAAGAGAGUCCGUACAUUUGUCCGAGUCAAGCCAACAGCUGAUUUUGCUCAAGAUAUGAUCAAGUUUGGGCCAGACAACAAGAGCAUAGAUAUAUACGUCAAAAAAGAUGCCAAGAAAGGAGUUGUGAAUAACAGGCAGACUGACUGGUCCUUUAGGCUGGAUGGCGUCCUUCACAACACCUCCCAGGACCUGGCUUAUGAGACAGUGGCUAAGAAAUUGGUGUCCGAAGCUUUAAUUGGCUAUAAUGGCACGAUAAUGUGCUAUGGGCAAACAGGGGCUGGUAAAACCUACACAAUGACGGGAGCAACUGCUGAGUACAAGCAUCGAGGAAUCAUCCCCCGAGCUCUACAGCAGGUCUUCAAAGCAACUGCGCGCUCCGUUGAUCCAUGCAUCACUGUCCGAAUAUCCUACCUGGAAAUCUACAAUGAGACCUUGUUUGACCUUCUGUCCACCACGACAAGCACUGGGACCGGCGACAUGCAGAUGGCUGUAGUGGAUUGCCCACAGGGUGUUUAUGUGAAGGGCUUAUCUAUACAUUCAGUUACCCACGAGGAAGAUGCUCUAAAUCUCCUUUUUGAGGCAAGAAAAAUCCACAUACAGCCCCCCCCAAGCCCCCCAAAUCUUCCAACUUGAGGUAUUGUAUGAUUCGGUGCAACCCUGCACAGAAAUCAUUGCUUUUUCUCAGCGUACACGCGUAACACUGCAGUCAUGUUCCAGUUCCCAGGCAGAUUGCCAGACACUCCUGGAUUUACUGAUCAUUGUGAGCAGCAGGAACAGGGGAUGAGGAGGAAGGGAAGAUGAAUCCGUGAGCGAUAGGAAUGUAGGGCUGGUUUAGGAAGGUGGUGUAGACAGGAAAACCCCAUUUUUCACAUUUCAGUGUACUCUGGGUUAGUAUUUAUGUACUGGACUUACGCAAAUGGGCUUUAUGAAGGUCAGACCGAUGCUGUGGUGAAUUCAAGGAGCUGGAGUUUUGGACAAGAGAGUGUUUGUGCACUCCAGUUGCAGCGUUAACUAGGAGAGAAUACCCAUCCAUCCAUGUGAAAGCUGUCGGCUUUUAGGAUCAAAAAGCUUAGGCCUGCAGAAAUUUCUUUCCAAACUUUAAAUAAAACCUGAAGGGAACCGGAUGAGCUUGUUUCCUGAGGUGAAAAGUUCCGUGUUCAGUUUUCUAGAUUUUUAAUAGUGAAGAUACAUGAACUCCCUUCCAUCCUGAAGAAAGAUCAUUAGCUAGGAAAACCUAAUCUGGAAUCUGCUAUCUCCAGAAUUUUUCCUUUAGUGUUUUGUGGGGUUUCAGGCUACAAAUAUAAGAAUUGCAUAAUAUAUAUAUUUAUUAUAUUCACAUACAUAUAACUUAUGAACUUAAAGUUCAAGGAGCAUCUGGAGAACACUCUAGUCGUAUGAUUUAGUUUUAGGUAGCCCUGAGAGGAGCAGGGAGUUGGAUUCGAAGAUCCUUAUGGGUCCCUUCCAACUUGAGAUCUUGCACGAUUGUGUUGUAUGAAAUAUGACAUUUCACCUGAACAUUAUAUUUAUUGGUUUAGCUGAGGGAAGAGGCAAUAAAGCAGGAAUUGGGUGGCCAGGACACCUGGAGGGAGGUUCAACCCUCUUUGUUUUCUUUAAUGUGGGUAGAAGAAUUGGUAGCUCCUUGUAGCUCACAUUCUUGCAAGGAAAAUGUCCCUGGCACAGAGAUUCUGGAAGAUCUCUGUGGAGAAACCCUGGUUUUAGUGUACACCAGAGCAAGUCAAGUGAUGGAGGAAAUAUUUUGAGGUGAGAUUGCAGAACGCAGUAGCUUUGGAGGUUCCAGGCAGCACCAAGACAGUGAAGGCAGCCACGGAAUCUGCCUUCAUUUCAAAAGUCUGAUCUCACCAGCUCCUUCAGCAGACUGAGAUCCCAGACAGCCAAAACCCCCUUCUUUUCAUUGCCCUGGCUAUCACAUAAGGGUGUCAGUGAGUGACUUACUACAAAGCGUACGAUAUUUGGGAUCCUUUAUAGAUCCACCAGCUGACCUACACAGCAAUUUCUUCCUGAAAAACACACCUGCCUGUCAAUGCUCCGAGAAAAGACUCUUACUAGUGCCAUCUUUGGCAGCUAGUUUGGGAUGGUCAUGGCACAGGUACCCUUAGAUUUUACUGCAGGGAUGUUCACACAGUGGGUUAGCUUUGUGAAAGGAGUUUGCUUACUUAUGUCUGCAUGUUUCUUUUAC